AUCGAUACUUUAGUGCAAUCGCGAAUCCUUCAAAAAGUUCAAAACAGUACAGAUUUUUGUAUCAUUAUGCUUUUGUUUACCACGUUCUUUUAUUUUGUAAACAUCUGCUUUUUACUGGAGUUGUAACAUGAUAGCGUUGGUAGAUCAGCCGGUUCUACCCGGGUUUCUCGUCGAAGAAGCAAUACAGAUUGCAAAAUCAAACAAAAAAGUCAUCCUAGGACCAGGUCUCCAGCAGGGCAACAAUGAUUUGGUGGUGGUGUGCAAAAGUGGAGUACUGCGGAAAAAAGUUCCAAACACGUUCUGGGUCGAUUGCUAUCAAAAGCGCUAUGUGCCCAACCGAGGUGAAAUCGUUAUAGGAAUUGUAACCCAAAAGGCCGGAGAUAUAUUUCGAGUUGACAUAGGAGCUAGUGAACCGGCAUCACUGUCCUAUAUGGCUUUCGAAGGAGCUACGAAGAAAAAUCGACCGGAUGUCAACGUGGGAGACUCUAUCUGUGCACGUCUGCUGAUUGCCAACCGCGAUUUGGAACCAGAACUAAUCUGCGUAGAUUCUCACGGCAAAAAGGGCAAACUGGGUGUUCUCAGCGAGGGAUUUGUCUUUAGUUGUAGUAUCAAUUUAGUGCGAAAAAUUUUAAAUCCUGCAUGUCCCUUCCUGGAUCUUCUUGCUAAAGAAAUUGCUUUCGAAAUGGCGGCUGGAAUGAACGGUAGAAUUUGGAUUAAAGCAAAAACGCUUAAAGAAACGAUAGCUGUAGGAAACGCUGUCUUGGCUGUAGAGUACAAGUCACAUGAGGAAUUAAAAGAGCUAUGUGAUGAUAUCGGGAGUUACGCAUCUGGUUUUUCAUAAAUAAACAAAAAUUCCUAUUUUAAGAAAAUAUUAAGGUGAGAAAUAAAAACAAUGAUGAAGCGAUUCUUUGCAAGUAACAGCAAAA